GGCAGUCCCUUGGAGGUGAGGGAGACACCUGGCAGGCGGAGUUUGCAGCCCCAGCGUGGCUCUCCCCAUGCACCCACCCCGUUUGCAGGGGUUCACCUGCCCCGGCUGCCCCCCGACAUGCCUGAGCACACAGCCGCCUCGAGGCUCCGGCUCUCCGGGCUGUGCUUCCUCCUGCAAAUCCUCAACAUCCUCCUCUUCGCCGUGUUCGUGCGGUACAGCCCCGAGGGCAGCGCCGGCCCGUGCCCCCCGCAGCUGAACUGCAGCCGCAGGAACGAGGACUCGGCUUUCCAGCAGCCCCCAGGUUUUCAGGGUGUCCACGUCCAAGUGCUCCUCAGCUUUGGGCUCCUGGUGGUGUUCCUCAGCCGCUACAGGCCGGGCAGCGCGGCCAUCAGCGUCCUCAUCACAGCCUUUGCCAUCCAGUGGGCUGUUCUCACCCAGGGCGUGUUUCACUUCUUCCUCAACGGCAAAAUUUACGUGGGAGCUCAGAGCAUGGUCAGUGCUGACUUCUGCACCGCAGCUGUUCUGAUCUCCACCGGAGCUGUUCUAGGCAGGGUAAGCCCUGUCCAGAUGCUGCUGCUGGCCCUGCUGGAAGUCACGCUGUGCACUCUCAACGAAUACAUCCUGCUCAGUCUCAUGGGGGUGAGCGACAGUGGACGCUCCUUGACCGUCCACACCUUUGGUGCUUAUUUCGGCCUGAUGGUUUCACGGGUCUUGUACCAGCCCCACAAGGACAAGAGGAAGAGGGAAGAGCAGCAGGAUAAGGGGCACCAGACAGAUGUCUUUGCUGUGGUUGGAACCAUCUACCUGUGGAUCUUCUGGCCCAGCUUCACCUCCACCACCACCACUGUCCACCACAAUGAUGAGAACUGGGCAGUGCUCAACACCUACUUUUCACUGGUGGCAAGCACCGUGUCCACCUUCAUCCUCUCUCCUGUCCUCUACGAGGAGAGCACCCCGAGGAUGGUCCAGAUCCAGGAUGCCACCCUGGCUGGCAUGGCCAUGAUGGGCAUGGCUGGGGAGAUGCUGGUCACCCCCUUUGGGGCCCUCAUCGCGGGGUUUCUGGUUGGCCUGAUCUCCCUGCUUGGCUUCAGGUUCUUCACGCCCGUUCUACGCUCCAGGCUGAAAAUCCAGGACACCUGUGGGGUUCACAACACCCACGGGCUGCCUGGGAUACUGGGGGCCUUGCUGGGGACGCUGCUGACGCUGCUGGCCACCGCAGACACUUAUGGUUACAGGCUGGAGCUUGUAUUCCCACUGGUGGCCCAGGGCAGCCGGACAGUCGCUGACCAAGCAAUCAUCCAGCUCAGUGCCCUGCCCCUCACCCUGCUGCUUGCAGGGCUUGGGGGCUGCCUCACAGGAGCCGUCCUGAAAAUCAAGGUGCUGAGGUGCUCCCCGGACGCGCAGUACAAGGAAAACGCCGUCUUCCGGGAGGUGGCUGAGGAAGGAUCUGAGCCCAGUGCAAGUGGAAAGGAGGAGCUGGGCAUCAGCACCUUGGUGUAACGAGCCCGAAUCUCCAGUGAGGUCCUGCACCAGCGAUGGUCUGGCGUGGCCAGUGCCAGCUGGCUUCUGGCAGCCUGAACUUCCCACAGCCACGCUGGCUCCCACGCAGGAGCCAGCUGCUGGUCCCAAACGUUUUGGGAGCAGCUGGGUGUCCACAGGCCUUUGCAGGGUGAGGAGGUGCUGUGCUAUCCCUGUGCUUGUUGUGGGAGCAACACGGCUCUUGCUGCCAGGGUCACCUCAGGGUGUCCAGGCUUGGCUCAGCCACUUCCCCUCCCUGCUCCUUGCCUCAGUUUCCCCAUCAGCUCUGGAGGAAGGCAGUGGGGAGAGGAGGGAUGACUGUGUUGGAGAACAGGCACAGGAGGCUGAACAGAAAGCAGCAAAGACUUUGUACAGACACUUCUGCGCACAGCAAUUAAAAUAUAUGGAUUUUUUUGUA